CCCACAACGACGUCAAUAGAAGUUUUUUCUCUCAAAAUUAUAACUUUUUUACUCUCUCGCUCUCACAACCACAAAGUCCCGUUUAAUGGCACAGAAAAGUAAGAAACAAACUUCGAUUUUAUUUCAUCCUCUCAUUCAUUUCAAAAAUGGCUUCCGUACAGAACACAACGGCCGCAUUUUUCCUUCAUGGCAACGCUCGCCAAUACGACUACGUGCUGAAGCUGUAUCCGCAGGUGCUUAAAAUGAAGGCAGAAGAGAAAAAGAAGCCCGAUGAGCUGAUACGAUUAGAUGAAUGGUACCAAAAUGAAUUACCGAAAAAGAUUAAACAAAGAGGACGUGACGCUCACUUGAUACACGAGGAAUUGGUUCAGUGCAUGAAAUGGAAACAAAGUCGAGGAAAAUAUUACCCGCAGCUAUCAUAUCUAAUUAAAGUCAAUACACCACGUGCUGUGGUGAUGGAGACAAAAAAGGCAUUCCGUAAGCUGCCGAAUCUUGAGCAGGCAAUAACAGCAUUAUCAAAUCUCAAAGGUGUCGGUACGACAAUGGCAUCGGCGUUAUUGGCUGCUGCAACACCAGAACUUGCACCAUUCAUGGCUGAUGAGGUACUCAAGGCUAUUCCAGAUGUUGAAGGCAUUGAUUAUACAACCCGCGAGUAUCUCAAUUUUGUGACACACAUCGAAAGCACGAGGAACCGACUGAAUUCAGAAAAUGGUGGUGAGGAGUGGACAGCUCAUUCAAUAGAACUAGCGGUGUGGACACAUUCGAUAGCAGCCGAUAUGAAACCAGAACUCCUACAGGACAUGCCGGAUGUUGAAAAGCUAAAGAAUAACGUGAUAGGUGGAACAAAUGGCACCACACACACACAUCCAGCCGACAGUAUCACAGCAACAACAGAGCAAAGCGAUGAGAGCAAUGCAGAACCAGAACCAGAAGCAGCAACAGAACAAAAAGAGACGAAACAAAGAACAGCCAAUGGUAAGGGUGCCGUUGACAGUCUAGAUGAAAGUACGCUGUCAGAUCAGGAUAGCUUAAACCCGAAUACGCCAAUUAUAGCUAAUGACGAGACAAAUGAUAGCGAUUCUCAUAGUAGUGCUAAGAGAUCUUUAGACUCAGAAGAGCAUCCGGAAACGGGCGAACCGGAAUUAAAAAAGGCAAAAAGUAGUGAAUAAGAAUAAAAGUAUGUUCCCAUCCCAACUAUAUCUCCCCAUAAUUCAUCAACAUAUAUCCUUCCCUCAAUAAUGAUGAUGAUGAUAAGAAUCCACACAAAUACAUACAAAAAAAAGAAGCAGACACACACACACACUUAUAUAUGUUAUAAAUAUACACAAAAUUUAAAUUCAAAUCUUGACCCAAGCAGCAUAAAAUUCAUAGAAAUUAUAACAUUUUUGAGGAAUGGAAAAAAAGUAAAUAAAAUCCCAAAACACACACACACACAUUUUUACGAAUAUAAUAAUUAAUAAUAAUAUUAAUAAUUAUAAUAAAAAAUAAAAAAAGAUGAAGAAAUUGAGUUAAGGAUAUAAAAAAUUUAACAUAUAAAAAAACUGAAAGAUGAAAAAUUUCUCUAAUUAUUAUUUUGUCUCUUAAUUUAAUUUAAACAAACAAGUCGUAAAGAUGAAAAAACAAUUUAGGUUAUUUAAAAAAAAGAUGAAAUUAAGAACUAACAAUGAAGAAAUAUGAAUCAUUUGCAUAAGUUGUUCCAUUUUACACACAUACAUACACAAAAAAGUAAGAAAAUCAAGUAAGAAGAAAACUCACCUCAUGUUUAAGUAAAAUUAUAAACAAAAAAUCAUAAAAUUUAAUUGAAGAAUUUGUAAUAAAAAAAAGUUUUUUUUUUUGAAAAAAAUUUAUUACUGCUUUUGUAGAAAGUUGAAAAUGAGGUUUUGUUGGGGUAAACAAGGACUUUAAAUGGCAAUACAAUUUAGAAGUUAAAUUUUUAUUUUCGAAAGUGAAAUUUUAAUUUCGAGAGUUAAAUUUUUAUUUUCGAAAGUAAAUUUUUUAUUUUCGAACGUUGAAUUAUAAUUUCAGAGGAUAAAUUUUUAUCUUCAAAAUACAAAAUUUUUAUUUUCGAAAGUGAAAUUUUAAUUUCGAAAGUGAAGUUUUUACUUUCGAAAGUAAAUUUUUUAUUUUCGAAAGUUAAAUUAUAAUUUCAGAAGUUAAAUUUUCAUCUUCAAAAUUUAAAAUUUUUAUUUUCGAAAGUGAAAUUUUUAUUUUCGAAAGUGAAAUUUUAAUUUCGAAAGUGAAAUUUUAAUUUUGCAAGUUGAUUUUUACUUUUUAAUAUUGAAAAUUUCAGUUUUUAAACAUUUUUCCCUCAAAACAUAAAUUCAUGCUUCCAGCAAAAAUAAAAAACCAACAUCAAUUUUAUAAGUUGACCUACAUGACCUUCCAAGAACCCCAACAAACCCAAAAACCUAUCAAAUUUUUGUUCAAAAUACAUCUUAAAAUAGAUUAAGACAUUUAAAUUUUUUUUGACAUUUUUAAAACAAUUUUCGUUCUAAGAUUUCCAAAAUUUGCUUUAUUUAAAUAAAAAAUCUUCAAUUUAAUAAAUUAAACAGCAGAAAUAAAAUAAUAAAAAAAAAACUUGUAAUUAAAAAUGAAUGAAAAAAAAACUGAGAAAAAGUAUUUUUAUUAUAAUUUUCAAAUUGAAAUGUAGAAAAGAGUGAUUAACUUAUAACUGAACAGUUGGAAUGGUUUGUCAUGAUGAGGAAGUGCUUAAUCUGGGUUUAUUAGAUCAAUAGAGUAGUGGUGGUCAACCUGUGAUCCACGAUACACUGCUUCUAGAAACCCUGAUAAGCUCGAAAUAAAAGCUUCAACUUAAAUAAAUGAAAAUUGAUCCCAAAAAAGAAGUCUUUGAACUUUUUAAUUGAAAAUGAAUGAGAAAGCCUGUAAAAUAUUAAAUAAAGAAUGAAAACAGGAAUAAAAUAAAAAAAAUAAUUUGAAUUUAAUUGAAUAUUUUUUAAAAGUUAAAUUGGCACUUAUUUAAUGUGUAAAAAUGAAGAAUGAACCAAGAAAAUUAUUUCCACUAUUUUUAAAAAUUUUAAUUUUAAUUUUCGUCAAAUUUGGUAAAAUUACUUCAAAAUAUUUUCAAAUUGAAUUCGCAAAACAAAAUUUAAUUCUUAUUUUUAAAUAAAAAUUAAAAAAAAAAAUUUAUUUCAUGAUCAAAUUACAAAAAUAAAUUACUUUUCUUCUUAAAUUCUAAUUGCUUAAAUUAUAAUUUAAAAAUAAAAACAAACAAGAAUUUUAAAUAAAACUGAAAAAAAGGAAGAAAAGGAAUAAAAAGAAAACAUUCUUGAAUCACUGAAAAGCGUAAAAAUAAAGAAUUUAAAAAUGAUGAA